UCUGCGGGUAGAACCUGGUCGAGUUGCCCUGUUUUCAUUGGAGUGGAGCUUCUUCCUGAGAACUUCGUCAUGACAUCAUCGUCAUCCGAUUCCCGAACAGCUGCAGGAAUCCAGUUGCGUUGGAGUGGACGAUGGACAUUGCUGCAUACGCAGCUCUGCAGACCUCCUGCGCUCGAAUGGUGAGGAUUCCUGUGUGGCCAAAUUAAAUCGCGUGGUUUUAUCGCGUUUGUGUCUGUAUAAUCCAUCUUCCAGGGUGUUCUGAGGAACCAGGAACAGCCCUUUUUCAAGUGAAGGAGAAUUUAAGACUCUUGCGCGUUGCCAUCUGCUUGUUUAGAACCCGUUUCGCAUCUCCAACUUGUGGAUUAUGACCCUGGACACUGAUUUAAUGGAUGACCUCGUUGUCGACGUGGUUGGAGAAGGUGGCAAGGAGUCUGGAGACGAACAUCUUUCGACCUCGGCUCUUUCUGCAUCCGACCAGGUACAUAACAAGGGGGAUAAGGAGCACGUCCCAUCCUCCAUAUGUCCCUCAAGUUCGAGCAAAAGCACUUCGGUGAAACCGCCCUAUUCCUACAUCGCUUUGAUCACCAUGGCCAUCCUCCAGAGCCCAAAGAAGCGUCUCACGCUCAGCGAGAUAUGCGACUUCAUCAGCCACCGGUUCGCGUACUACCGAGAGAAGUUCCCAGCCUGGCAGAACUCCAUUCGACACAAUCUCUCCCUAAACGACUGCUUUGUGAAAAUGCCACGCGAGCCCGGUAAUCCCGGGAAAGGGAAUUACUGGACUCUGGAUCCAAAUUCAUCGGAUAUGUUCGAGAACGGAAGUUUCCUGAGGAGGAGGAAACGAUUUAAACGGCAGCACUUCAAAUUUGGCGUGUUCAAAGAUCAUGCGAUGCAGCCGAGUGGCUUUCCGAACCUCGGCUACGGCGCGUACGGGCUCAGUGCAUCCUGCGCUCAUUUACCGGGUCUGGAUAUCUACCCGUUUGGCUUCCAUCAACCCAUCGGUGUGCCACCUGUUGGGAGCAUUUUACCGGCUCUAUCCACGCUUUUUUCGAGAAACUCUGUCACAGCGAAGUCUUUCCCACAGUCCCAAACAGUGGCCAUCGAGCCUGUCACCCCUGGCCUCGCCUGCGCAAUGGCCCCGACCUCUCCAUACGCGUCCUCAGCACUGUUCAAUCCGGUGGGCUUCCCUCGGGUUCUCAAUUUUCAGUACGAGUACCAGAAGCUGCAAGAUGUGCACAGCCACGUGGAUUUGUCCACUAAACACAGACACCUGGCUAGCGUCAAUGACUAGCAGCGCGUAUUUGGACACGAAACUAUUUUUUCUCAGGAAUUAUUUCAUUUAUCCCGAGGUAUAAAAGUGUGUAGAGCAUCGCGUCGAAUGUUUGCGAACAUUUUAACGAACUUUUGACUUUAGUUUCUGUCAGGAAUUCAUCCAGUGAAGUGUUUCUGUUACAUGCUGAAAUUGUUUAUUGAUGCAUGUUGUUUCAUUGGAAUGAUUAAAUAUCGAACGAAUCGACUAUUUAAAUGACGAAUUUCCUUUUCGCGUUUUG